GAGAGCAAGCUUUUCUGCGACGACAAAUCGAAUGAGUGUCUUGAGCAUCACGCGUAUGUAUAUCUGAAAGGCGGUUAUUUUGAAUUCAAGCGGUAAAUACCAUUCCAUCUCUCAAAAUCCAGUAAGUUUAGCAUAUAAAUAUAGCUUUUAGCACAUCUUCAAAUCGGAAAGGUUAAUAUUAACUGGGAUCGCGGCAAGAAUAUCAGCGUCAAGUCGACUACGAGUUACAAACAUGGCUUCUCCUCCAGGUAUGUAGAAUAGAUCUUGUCUUCUUCCUGCACUUUGAUAGCGACGUUUGGACGAUUAAUACAAGUAAAAAGAAAGAAAAUACAGUAAUUCACUACGCCUUAGGGUUUAGAAGCUGUUUACUUUUGAAAAACAUAGAAUUUUGGCUGCUUAUUCCCCUCAAGACUAUGGUGUCGGAACCAACAAGCGUUGUUUUCAUUGUUGUAGAUAUCGAUAUGGACGAGUCAGUUGAACAAUCCAUUACGGGCAGAAAAAAUUCUGCAUACCAUUGCUGUGUUCCCCUAUGUAAUGGGGAUUCAAGGUACCACGAAGAUUUGCGUUUCCAUCGCAUUCCCGGUCGUACCAAGGAUGAAAAGUUGAAGAAGGAAUGGCUGGUGAAAAUCCGAAGAGACGAAGGUCCUGACUUCAAGAUAACAACUAGUACGAGAGUAUGCUCAAGGCACUUUACCAAGGAAGAUUACCUUCCCCCCACCAAGUCUGGUAGCCAGCGACUGAAAAGAGGUGCUGUUCCAUCGAAUUUUAACUGGAAUUCCUCCUUCAAAGCACGAAGAAAGAUUAUUCGACAUGUCGACAGGUAAUAUAUUCUUUGGUUAUGUUUUAAUGCAUCGUUGAGUUUAUGAGGUUACA